AUGCAUAUCUUUGAAUAUUUAGGUAAAGAAUUACCAUUCGAAGCAUGGAAUAGGGACAAAGUGUAUAAUGUUAUUAAAUCAAGACUCGACGAAAUCCAUCUGUUGGAAAUUUCUCACAAUGAUGUUACGGAGACUAAUAUUCAAGUUUCUGAGUCUGGUAUAGUUUCCUUGAUUGAUUUUGGGUUAUCGGAAUAUCCAAGCAGUGAAGAGCAUAUAUCGAACGACAUCAUAUCUCUUAAACGCAUAUUUCGGCAGUAUACCCAUGAUAAUGAUUCACAAGGUGACCCAGCCACACAAAAGAGUAAAAAUCUGAUUAAUGACAAAUCCUUCACCCAUAGUAAUUACGAAAUUGAUGAUAUCACUUCUAACGAGGUAGAUUUUGACGAGAUGAGCUCCGAGUCACAUACGGCAGCCACAACACAACUUGAAAAAAGUAAAGUGUUGCUUCAAUUUAACGUCUGA